CGUUUGUCUGUCUGUUUCAUUCAUCAGUGGCGGCUCUCUCUGGGCGUGCUUUCUCUGACCGUGGGUGAAAAAUUUGUGAAUAUUCGGUGAAAAAAUUGUUUUUUCGUGAAAAACUUUGUUGCAAAAGUUGUCGCGAGUGUUACAGCUGUGAAAACAAUUAAAAAAUGGACGAGGAAAUUCCGGAAUUGUUGUUUUUCGACACAUUUUCGCACGACACAUAUGAGAAAUUGAACUUGGAUUUGGUGCAGUUUCCGAAGCCGGUUUACAUCACCGAAGUGCGCAUCAUCCCACUGGGUGCAAGAGUCCAGGCGGACUUUCCCGGGGGUGUUCGUUUGGGAGCAACCAAUCCAUCGCAGUUCAAAAUCGAACUGUUUGUGAACGAUUUGGGAAAGCCGGGUGCGCCAACGUUCGAGUGCUUGGGAGAUUUUGAGUACAACCAAAAUAAUUGUAUUCAUUUGGAGUGUGGAAAACCGGAUGAUGGGAGCCGAAGAAUUCCAACGGAUGGGUUGGUGUUGAAGGGAUUUUACACGACUAUUACAUUGGCAGUGUACGGCAUCCUGACGGCAAACAUUGCGGAACCGAUUGUAUCGCCACGGGAAACGACUCCACAACCGGAGGCUCCGGUGGAGAUGGUGGUGGUUGAUGUCCCGGGAGGAAUUGCUGAGCCGAUCGGGGUGGGACAAGAAUGGCCGGAAGAGCCACCUACAGUGACGGUGGUGCCAACGGAGGUGUUUGUGCAAAAAGAGUAUCCGGAGGCGGAUGGAGAGGACAUUCCGAAGGAUCCGAGGCCUUACGCCAGAAGAGUAGCUGCGUCGGUGGUGGUGGCCAGUCCAGCGGAGCCCAGUUCGCCCAAAAUGGACUGCGAGGUGGUUGACAAACGUGGUAAGAGGGUAUCACGUUCGACGGAACGACAAAUGCACUACGAACCGGGAGUUAGAUCAAGGGGAAGGAGCCAUGAAUAUUCCCGGUCACCUAGUUUGUGUAAAGAAUACAGCGGUACGGUGCCGAAGCGAGAAUGGUCACGCAGCCCGGAUUAUGCGUCUAACCGUAGAAGAAUUCGCAGCAAUUCGUAUGACCGAGUUAGACGCGGUUCGUCUUACGAUUUGGAAAAAGACGACCGUCGGCGGCCAAGGUCGCCGAUCGAUUCGCCAAGAAGACCGCGUUCCCCAGAUCCGAUGGAUUCAUCUAACGACUAUGAGGAUGACGAUUUUAGGCACGGUGGUCCUGGGGUUCACGGAAAGUACGAUAAGAGGCCGAUUGAAGGUCGUGUUAAAGCUGUUGCAGCGGGAGCUACGGGAAGUCCAGCAUCGGCAUCGGCUACUCCGGUAGCUUCCCCAGCUUUGGUACCCGAGGAAGAUGCUCUGUCCGCUACGGAGCAGUUUGAACCGAUUCUGAGUGAUGAGGAGAUUACGGAGGAUUAUGAUUACGAUAUGGAAUACGAGCCUACUGAGGACUAUUAUAAGGCAUUCAAUCCAUUCGUGGCGGUGUUGAAGAAGUACGCACCAGACCAAGGUUCGGAAGUGAACCCAACGAUUUUGAAACAUUUGGAGAAUCUGCUCAAAAACAACAAGUACAGUGCUAAAACAACGGCAGAUUUCGGAGCAGAAACUGCAGAUUUCAAAGAAGGAUUUGUCGAUUACACAGAGCAAUGCGUGCAUCUCUUGAAUCAAAUCUUCGUCCACGCAGAAUGCAGAAAGAAGUUUGAAAAGGCGGCCAAUGUUUGGAUUGAGAAUAAAAACGAGGGGGUAGAUAUUCUGAUGAACUGCAUAAAAUUAGGCCUUGACGUGGAUCGUGCCAUGACCCAACCACAGCCGGCUUCUAAGCUGCGGCACAUGAAGGCCGGUAUACGUCUGAUCGAAUUCCUGGGUUCCACGGAUGCUUUCAUCAAGGUUAUUCUGGAGCAGACAGAUUUCAAUAUUUUCGACAAACUGCUUGGUUUAUAUGCGCAGAGCUACAUGGCCCUCUCGAUCAAGCUGAUGAUCAUUCGCUCGAUUUAUGCGUGCCUGGAUACGAAACGCGGCCUAGAAUAUUUUCUCAGUCCGGAAUACAACGGCUACCAGAUAUUGCUGGAUUUGAUCCAAGAGAACCCAUCGACAAGAAUCAGUUUUGCUCUAAAAUCGCUGCUGAAGAAGAUCAACAUGUACGAAAGUCUCGAUUUGAUUCGCAGCACUGUUACAGACAUAUACGCCUUUCGGAACGAUCCGAAUUUCAAGGCCGAUCCUUCGAUGGUAUCCAUCCUGGAGAACUGCUUUGGUGAACUAACGAAAGCGCUCACCUGGGAUGCCAUUGCUUAUAGUCAACCGAAGCGUUUCCUCCCGGUGUCGGCCAAGUUCGAAAUUCACAAAGACAUCAAAUCCGCACUGUCCGCCAACCGUAGCUUUGUGGCAUUCUUCAGCGUGCACAACCUACUGGAGACGAUUAUCCUGUUACUGGAGAUGAAACUUCCCUGCUCCUCGCUGAUAGGAGCGGUGUAUGAUUUGCUGGCAGCGCUGCUGAAAAAUCACCAAAAGUUGCACUUCCUGGCCGACAAAAUCGAUUCGGUCAAUGUGCUGCUCAAGAUUCUGUUCCAGCAGUGUCCGAUCAAUGACGAGACCCACCCGGAGGACCUGCUGCACGAUCUGACUCGCGGGCAACUGCUCGGACUGGAGAUGGCCUAUAAGCUGCAGACCAUCUACUACCUGGAUGCGAUCGGUCACACCAAGGAUGAUUUGGACAAGCUGGUCGAACAUCUGCAGGGUCUAUUCUAUCUGGCCAACAGCCUUGGCAAACGUUACGUCGUUGAGGUACUCACCAUGGACGGAAAUUUGAAGUUGUUCCUGGACUUGAUCGAAUGCGAAAAGCGAGCCCUCAUGAAAGAAGGCUCUCCCGGAAUCAAGCAUAAAUCGCCGAUCUUGAGCUAUAGCGUAGAUUUAGUGGACUGUGCCGUCCGACACUGCCCAAAAGUUGGUUAUCUGGUGCGCCACGGUGAGACGUUGUUGAACUUAGUGAAGCAGCACGAACAGUUUGAGUCAUCUGUGAGCGCCAUGCUCCAGGAAAUGGCCGUCUACCUGAAGCCGCUGGAAAUUAACGAACUGUUCGCCAACGAAGACAUCAACCCUCUGGUGGAGUUGAUGAAGCGCAGCGUGGAGUUCAUAACGACGUUCCCCGGGGAUCUGGUUAUGGCGUUGCGUCUGUUGCGUUACUUUGGAAUACCGGAAUUCGACGGACAAGGACAACCGAGUCACAUUGAACUCAAGUACAAAUACACGAUCUUGCAGUUCUAUUCAGCUGAUGGGAAGACUCUGCUGAUUUCGAUUCUGGAGAAACUCAACACUUACUUUGACCAGCCGGCAAUUCAUGCUUCGAGUCUGGUUAGCAUGCAGGGCGUCCUGCUCACACAGAUCCUUACUCCCUUGAUCCAAGUGCUUCGCAAAGUGAUGACUUACCUGAUCGAGUGUCGCAAUACAGAGUUCAAGGAUCUGACCGUGAUCGAGCCGCUUCUCCGCACGUACGCCCUCAUGCAAAGUGUCCCACCAACAGCUAUGGCCAUCAACGACGCCCGCGAAAUUCAGAAGGAUAUCAUCAAAAUUCUCCUGUCGUUCACCCAGCCGACCCCAAUGGACGGUCUCGAUACCAACAACAUCCACAAAAGUCUGUGGACCCAGAUGGUUGGUGAAUUGAUCAAGUUUAUUCUUUUUGGACCUAAUUACUUCAUACCGGGGUUGCUUGUGUUUUCCGAGCUUCUUCCGUUGCCUCUCCCGAUCCAAUGUCGCCAGGAGCUGACCCCCAUUGAAAUCAAUAAGAUGGUCAACGAGAGGCAGUUGUGGUCCGCUCACCUACACCCUCAAAGCCCUGCCAUCACCGAGAUGAUCCAGACCAUCUGCCCAUCCAGCUACACACCUUUGUUGGUCAUCUUCAGUCGCGUUUGUCUGCAACUGUCGGACCUCGCUCCGAACAUGACCCUUCUUAUCUCGAAAGCGAUCACCGACCUGAUUGUGCAGGAGCCGCUGCUUUCGGGCAAUCUGGCCAGCACUUCUCAUGCGCGACUGUUCAGCUUCCUGGGCAGCCUUGUUUGUCACGCAUCGGUUAAGGUAUCCGUACUGUCCAUCCUGUCCGGACGCAUCAUGGAAUUGAUGACCAACAUCCUGUUGAAUCCGGGUCAAACACCGGCCCACCACCAGACCCAGGAGAACAUCUACAUGGUGUUCCAGAAUUUGCUGGACUCGGAGUUCGCGAUGAUGUUUGGGAACAUUGCGCCGAUGAUGCAGCUGGCUUGCUCACUGCCUCCGAAGGAGAUCAUCGAAAGUUGCUGCGCCACCAUUGCGGAGAACAUUUCCAGCGAAGAGGUGGGAGCUGGUGUGCUGACGGCAGCUCUGCGCACCAUGCUGCUGUUGACUGAGCAUGACAUCACCUUCACCACCUUGAUCGCAGCGAUGGAAAAACGCAAGGACCCCAUCAUGGCCAUCGUUCAGAAGUUUGCCGACAAGGCCCGCGAAAAUCCUGACACGUACCGCCAGAUCUUCAUCCUGCUGGGAGAAUUUUGGCGCUCACUCAUCUUGGUCGAUGAGUCCUCGCUGGUGGGAUUCAACCUACCGAAAAGAACCGUCAAGCUCACGCCCGAACAACUGGCCUCGCUCGUGUUUCUUCCAUCCCGCAAAGAGGGCCAAGAGGUGUCCCCUGCGGACGCUCCGGAUUGCACUGCCAUGUUGAAGGAGCUUCUCGUGUUCUUCAAAAACGAUACGAAACCGAAUGAUCCAAUCGAGCCGGAGGUGGACGAUGGUUCGCAAUCCGUUCCGCCGAUUGCCAUCACCGCUGAUACACUCGAAGAGAAUAUUCUCUAUCUGAUGGAUCAGUUGAAGCAUGUAGCUCCCGGUGUGAUGGAAACCCAAUUUGAUUUUGGCGUCAUCGAACCGCUUCCGCAGGCCGAAGGCAUCGUAACCCAAUACGGUUCCCGAAACGUGUUCAUCGUCAGCGAGGAGUAUGAAGACCAGCUCAAGGCCAGCUAUUGGUUGAGUUUCUCGCCUUGUGAGGACGACCUUGAACGGGAACAGGUCCCGUGCGAUUUGAAUGAGCUGGCAAUGAGUUGCCUCAGCGGGGACAUCAAUCUAACAUCCGAUUGCAAGCGGUUGCUCCAUUUGUCUGCCUCCCCGCACUCGAAUCGUGAUCGUGUGGCUACGGCUCCAUGCUUCCGUACUCGACGUGUCGAAGUCGAACCCAGCACUGGAAGACCGGAGAAGAAGAUUUUCGCAACUCCGUUGCGAGGCCGCGGAUUUACUCGUGCGCCCAUAACGCGCAGUGAUUUGUUCCGGUCACGUCCACCGAACACGUCACGUCCUCCGUCUCUUCACGUGGACGACUUCUUGGCACUUGAAACAUGCGGCGCACAACCAACUGGUCCCACAGGCUACAACAAGCUUUCUCGAGACAUUAUCACAAUCCGCGGAAGCGGUCGAGGACGUGGACGUUCGUUCUCGGAUCGUGGUCGUUCGGGAUCCGGUUCCGGCUGGGGACCAGGUGGAGGUGGCGGUGGGGGCGGUAGUGGCUGGUCAGGAGGACACGAUGGUCCGUCCGGAUCGGGAAGCGGUAAGCACUUUGGGAGUGGUGGUGGCGGUGGCGGAGGCCACAGUCAUUAUCGUGAGCCAUCGCAGAAUCAUUUCGGGGCGCCACAUGUCCGAUCCCGCUCCGGUCGUGGAUUCAAUCGGUAUGGUGGUCGGCCCUAUUCUCGACCGAUUUAGAACUUCAAGAAGUUUGAUGCUUAGUGGCAUAGUACUGUCGGUAAGUAAAGUGAACUGAUUUCAAAGGAGGACGAGAAUAUUUUCUUCAAUUUUUUGUAGGACGUGUUUAUUAGUAAUAGCAUGUCGCAUUACGCAUUUAGAUACAUUAUUACAAUACGGCUUCUUAUAUUUAAACUUCUCCAAAUAAAAAUAAAAAUCGAUACAUUUGUUUUGCAAUUAGGAAAAAUAA